UACGACAGGGUAUCUUUUUAACUUAGAUACUGCUAAGGAUUCUAACUUUUUGAUAAAACAUUUGUGUAAACAGUUGUCACUUGAACGUAUCGCGCACCGUUGCAAAACCACUGGACUUUAUUUACUAUAUAUCUAUAUAUUAUAUUGAUAAAACAACAAAAAUCUGAAGGAAAUAAAAGGAUCUCUGAUACUACGGACUCUUGGUAUAUUUUACCGCAGAGAUGUUUCUAACGCUGUGAUUGCUUUGUUCCUGUUUUUGGUAUAUUUACAAUCAGAAGUGUUUUUAAAUUGACGGUACAUUCCAAGACCUUCUCAGAUCUGUGAAGAUGCAUCACCUCCCGUACUAUUACUCCUCGGAGCAGCUCAAGUCAUACCAUAACAGCAUGCUGGCGGCCGCUAGCUCCAGUCCCCCACUCUUCACCAUCGACAAUAUCCUGGCCCCACGGCCCUACCUCACACACAGACCCUCCCCAUACUUCCCAUACCCGGGGCUUCCGCACUCACCUCAAGAUCUCUUUGCAGCAGCAUAUAGUCCUUUCCCUGGGUUGAUGACAGCAGCAGACUUAGCGCGCGCUGGACAAAAGCGGAAACGACGUCACAGAACGAUAUUUACAGAAGAGCAACUGGAGGAGCUAGAGAAGACAUUCAACAAAACUCACUACCCGGAUGUUCUGUUGAGGGAGGAACUAGCGAUAAAAAUAGAUCUUAAAGAAGAACGAGUUGAGGUCUGGUUCAAGAACAGGAGAGCAAAGUGGAGAAAGGUAAAACGCGAGGAAGAAGCGGCAAAGAGAACAGCCGAAUUGGGAAAUUCAGUUGAUGAUAAAGAAAAAUCGUCAAAAAAAUCACUCGACAGUGAAACAAAGGACACAAACUCUGCAUAUAGUGAUUGUAUGAGUGAUAGAAGCACGGACUCUCCCAGAAUCGACAUUGAGGAAGAUGACGCAGAUCAGGUGUCUAGUAGCGCCAAUGUGCUUGCGUCACCCUCAACUUCCGGUUCCGUUUCUAGUCAUAGUGCUCUAGCGUCACAAGAAUCACCAUGAACGUUCGGACACUUAUCAGUGUUGUUGUGUCAUGUGAUUUCAAGCAGUGCAUGCUCUAAAUGCAACUUAAGAAUGAAGCCAUUUCUUCCAGUCCUGUUCUUGAAUGUUUUCGUGUAGCAUUUUUGUUUACCAGUGCUUAAAGUACAGAGGAAAUAUGAAGAUCUACAUGUAACUUUCUAGAUGAAACAAAGGAAACAGAGCAUGCUUCUAAAGUUAAUCAGCUGUCGCCCAUAUACCCUUUGAAGUUCAUGGAGGACAACACAGUAGAAAGACUUGCAUACAGAAAAUAAUGCAGAUCUUACGGUUGGCUUUACUUGAAGAUAUUUUUUAAUAGAAAGUUACUAUACACUUAACUGUUUUAAAAUUUUGGACAUAUAUGUAGUUAUGUACCUAACAUUUAGACAUUGAUAGAAAAGAAUAGUGAACUCUUAUUAUUUAUUUAAUAUUUUCAUUGAAAAGAAUGUGCGACUUUAAUUUUCUUAUUUUCUACAUCAUGAAAUGUUAGUUUUAACAGUGAUACGUAAUGUUAGUAAUCUCCCUUAAUUUAUUGAUCUGUCUAAACAGGUUGUUUGAGAUGUCGAGCGAGGCCCACCGAGCAUAUAUUCUUUGUACAUGUAAAUAUUUACAUUUAUAAAUGAAAUAUGUAUUCACAUGUAAUAAAUAUAAGGAAAAGUCAUCGUUAUCUUUUUC